AUGUCCAUCAGUGUCUGCUGCAAAUUGGUGGACUACUUGGACGAGCUCACAGAGGAGGAAUUCAAUAGAUUUAAGAUGCACCUCGAAGACUACCCACUGGAGCAAGGCUACAAGCCGAUCCGGCACUGUAAGACUGAGAAGGCCGACCUCACUGAAAUAGCACGGCUCAUGGUCAGGGCCUACGAGGAGGCGAAAGCAUUGCAGAUGACAGUCAACAUCCUCGACCGAAUAAAUAGAAAGGAUCUGUCGGCAAAAAUCAAACAAGAGAUGCCAGCGUGUAAGUAAACAAAGGAGCCCCGCCAUUCCAGGCUUCGUACGUCUCUUGUCCAAUUUGCUGUGAAUUCUGCGCUUCAUCCGUGUAUCAAACAUGCUUGAGAAAUGCCCAUAGGCUUUGCCCACGGAAUCCUGGGAACUGCAGUUCAACCAUCACAGAGCUACGAACUAUGGCUCCCAUAAUUCUUUGGGCAGAAUCUGUGUGCAUGGUGUGGUUGUGAGCACCAAAUGGUCUUCGCUCGUCUGCUGUGUGCCUGGGUCGGCAACAAUGGAUGGCCAUCUGUCAUGGAUGCUUUAGCUGAGAUUCCUGCAUUGUAGGAGGGUUGGACUAGAUGACCCUGUGGGUCCCUCCCAACUCUACAAAUCUGUGAUUCUAAGAUGAAAACCCAUCUCUCCAAUGCAGCAGUAUAGGGCCAGCAACAGCCCUUGAAGGGCCUCAUACUUGCAGUGGCGCCCUUGUCCUCCACGCCUGGUGAGCUCACCACUGUCCCUGAUACCUCGAACUCAUGCUUUGUUCCCUUGGCUCCCUGGCAGCAGAGAUUCUCCCUUCCAUGCCCAUGGCGACAUCACUGGGACUGCCACUACCUCAAUGCAGCUGACUAGGGCUUAGUGAGUAGCAGUAGCUGCCUGGCCCAACCUCCUGUGUUUAAAAAGGCGGCCACAUGCUGUUCCCUGCUCCAUAUUGUAUGAUGGAGCCUCGCAGUUGCAGGAAGCUGUACAGUGGUACCUCGGGUUACAGAUGCCGCUAACCCAGAAAUAGUACCUCGGGUUAAGAACUUUGCUUCAGGAUGAGAACAGAAACCGCGCGAUGGCAGCAGGAGGCCCCAUUAGAUAAAGUGGUACCUCAGGUUAAGAACAGUUUCAGGUUAAGAACGGACCUUCAGAACAAAUUAAGUUAUUAACCCGAGGUACCACUGUACUAGCCUUGUGAAAAAGUCCAAACACAUAUGGAGGCUUAGCCAAUGGGCAGCUACAUUGGCCAGCGUGGUGUAGUGGUUAAGAGCAGUGGACUCAUAAUCUGGUGAACCGGGUUCGAUUCCCUACUCCUCCACAUGCAGCUGCUGGGUGACCUUGGGCUAGUCACACUUCUGAAGUCUCUCAGCCCCACUCUCCUCACAGAGUGUUUGUUGUGGGGGAGGAAGGGAAAGGAGAUUGUUAGCCGCUUUGAGACUCAUUAGGGUUGUGAUAAAGCGGGAUAUCAAACCCAAACUCUUCUUCUUCUCUUCUACAUACCACCAUAUUUGUUAUGUGGUUUUGGGGGGCUGGGGGCCCUGGCAGAUCCAAGACUAUGCCAGCUGUGACACUGGGCCUCCAGCAGUUUCUUAUUGUGAUAUUUCUACGUGACAGCGGCCCUCCGAUGAUGGGUGCAACUCUGCCCACAGAACAGCCUCAGGCUUUGUACUGCACAUCUCUAUUCCAUGAGCCCUAUAUCAAUGAUGCAAAGUCUGGAGGAGCCCUAACUAUUGCAAUACUAUGCAGACCCUGAUCCUAUUUGCAUGGUGGGACUUCCGCAAAAGGACACUGUUCUUGUGCGUGUAGUGUAAGAGGAGCAAAAAGGGGAUGGGAAAUCUUCUUUAUUUUAUUUACUUAUUUUUAACAAGAGCGUCCUUUUUUUAAAACAACAACAACAGUUUCCCUGCAGCCUACGAAAACAGCGGCCUCAACCAGGGAAGAAAAAAGAAAACGGGAAGAAAGGUUGCUGUCCAGUAUCACUGACAAGUUUUGCGGGACUCAAAAGAAAGGUUAGUUUACGGGGACAAAUAGAAGAAGACACCUACUGGAAUGGUAAUUUUGAAGAUAAUGUGCAAUUUUAAGUUAUACUUACCAUAUUAUAAUUAUCAAGGCCUUUUUCUUCUUCUUAACAGCAAUGAUAUAGUUAUGAAUAUGAGUUUGUAAUUAUCAUAAUAAUUACAUCAUAAACAUAUACCUGGAAUAUUUCAAGGAAGGCUUUCCUGGGUUCAACCUGAAAUUAUGCCCAAAUCUACAAAGUUGUUUUUUGUUUUGUUUUUAGAAUUUAUCCUAGGAAGGAAAAUAGUACAUGUUUUUUUCUGGUUAGCAAAAGUACCAUUAAAUAACAUUCACUGUUCCUAAAACGUUCUCCACCUUGAGAUGUCUGUGCUCUGGAAACUGUUACCACUAAAGCAGGAGAACAGGUAUGGGGAACAGUUGGCCCUCUGGGUAUUGCUGAACUACAACUCCCAUCAGCCUCAGGAAGCACGGCCCAUGACCAGGGAUGAUGGUAGUUGUAGUUCAGCAACAUCUGGAGGGCCAAAGGUUCUCAACCCCUAGAGUAGAAAGUCAUUUCUUCAGCUGAUAAGGUUGUUUGCAAACUAUUCUCCGUCUCUGUUUUUAGUGGAAGUCACACUGGAUCCCAAGACAGCCUUCCCUACCCUCAUCCUUUCUGAAGAUCGGAAAAGUGUGUACCUGGGCAGCCAGGCCCAGGUUCUUCCAGACAACCCUGAGCGCUUCAAUUUUUCGCCAUGUGUCCUCGGAGCAGAAGGCAUCACCUCUGGGACUAUGGAAUGGGUGGUAGAGGUGGGCAAGGCCAAAGCAUGGGCCAUCGGGGCAGUCCGGGAAUCCAUAGGGAGAAAAUGGUACCAAUGCAUCAGAGUUACUGAGGGGUUUUGGGCACUGCAGCUGAUUGAGGGAGAAUACAUGGCCUCUACCUCUCCUUCCACUGUCCUUCCACUGUGGAAAUCCCCGCGACGGAUCAAGAUACUCCUGGAGUACGAUUUUGAAAUCCUCUCCUUUUAUGACGCCGACUCCAUGGAACUUAUCUAUACUUUCAACUAUCCUUUCUCUGAGAGGAUGUUUCCCUUUUUCCAGGUCUGGGAUACUGAGAUCCCCCUGAAAAUCUCAUAA